AUGGAAGGACUGGGAAAGGAGAGAUCCGUAUGCAGCCCGAAAACCUCCCCAUGGAUCGGUCAUCCUAAUACAGAAGCUUUGACGCUUCUCGAGAAACUCAAAGACUGCUUCACCACCAAUGGCACCACUGUCCCUCCCGAAACUGAUAAAAAGGAAGAUGAGAUGGAUGGCAGAAAAGCAGUCAUGGAAUUGAAGGAUGUCCCUCCUCCCCCUCUGCACCAUGCUUCACCCUCCCAACCAUCCAAGCGCUUCCCUGCACCUCCUCUCCCUUUGCCUCCUCCUUGUUUGCUUCCUCCCCAGCUUACACAAGAUGACCAUCAACUGCCGCCUCCACCUCAGCAGCAACAUCAACAAGAGGGGCUUCGCCCCAAAGUAAGCGUGUGCACCCAUUGUGACUACUGCCUCACAGAGGGCUAUGGAUUAUCAGACUGUGGAGGUGUAGUUGGUGGUAGCGUAGCUGUUGGUUUCCCACACUAUGGAGCUCCUGACACCUUGGCAACACCCAUCUACAGCUGCAGUAAUUCUGCUAUGUCUAGACCUUGUUCUGUAGCCUCAAAUGUUCCUCAGUACAAGCAUGGGGUGAGCUGUGGAUCUAAAAAUGAUAACUAUGAUCCGCUGCUCAGCUGUGGCUGCAAACCACAGAGGCUUUCUUCUGUCACCACCUCCCAGCCCAUCUCUGCACAGCCCCAUACCCCUUGUUGCCCUGGGCUUCUUAACACCAACUCAUCAGAAGUGUCAGCGUCUUUCCCUCCUCAGCCCCGUUUUGCUUCUACACUCCCACCAAAUUCUGCUCCAACACCCGUGCAAAGCUCUUGCCUGGUCUCCUCUGGCUGUUACAUCUGUGGUAUGGCCAGAAGAACCCAGACAAGUGCAGCACUCCGUGAUCACUCUGUUACUACCACUGUCAACACCACACCCACUUCAGCACGUCUCUGUUCUAAUCCUAUUCACUUAAAUGUAGAGCACACAGUUUGUGUAAAGGGGGCUCACUACUGCCAGGAGUGCUUGUUGAAGCCCAUGAAUGGUUUUGCGUGCAAGUCUGAAAAGGUUUGGCCCAAUAUUCCCGUUCCCCAAACAACUCCCAUCGCUAUCCCCAUUUGUAACGGCUGCGGGACCUCAUCUGAUCGUGUGGCCGUCAACCAGGGCAAGACUGGCCAAAAGUAUGGUUCACCAGAAAGUGGUGGCACAGAGAACAUCCCCCCUGUCGGAGUGUUUUGGGACAUAGAGAACUGCAACGUGCCUAGUGGACGAUCUGCUGGGGUCGUGGUGGAGCGUAUACGCAGCCAGUUUUUCCAAGGUCACCGUGAGGCAGAAUUUAUUUGUGUCUGUGAUAUAAGUAAAGAGAAUAAAGCGGUUAUCCAAGAGCUCAACAACUGCCAGGUUACUGUGGCACAUAUUAAUGCCACAGCCAAGAAUGCUGCUGAUGACAAGCUCCGCCAAAGCUUGCGACGCUUUGCCGAAACCCACACUGCGCCUGCCACAGUUGUCCUAGUAUCAUCUGAUGUGAACUUUGCAAGUGAGUUGAGCGACCUGCGGCAUCGCCAUGGUUUCCAGGUAAUCCUUGUCCAUGGUAACCAUACAUCCCAGGCCCUGCUGCAGCACGCUCACCGCCAUGUGGCUUUUCAAGAGAUAACAGCUGACCUGCCUCCGCGCAUGCUUGUCAAAACACAGCCCAGUUACAACCUACUCUAUGUGCACAACCUUCCUGUCAACUGUGAAAAGAACCAGUGGAACGCUGUGAAGCAAAGGCUCCGGCGCCUCUCGGACAACUGUGGUGGCAAGGUGCUGGGCAUAUCCCAGGGCACAGCCGUGCUCCGUUUUGGCAGCCCUGAGGCAGCAUCACGUGCCCGCAAACGAAUGGAAAAUGAGGAUGUGUUUGGCCAUCGAAUCAGCCUUUCCCUCUCUCCACGGCCCAGAGAGGAUGCAAGUGUUGAGCGUGAGCUUCAGUCUCAGCCCCAUCACUUCCCUCUGCCUCAGACACUGCCCCAGGCCUAUCCAAGCCAGGAUGCAAUGUUUACUGCACCUAUAGCCACAUCCUCCUCCUUUAUGCCCCUGGAGAAGCCAAGGUCGCCAAGGAGGGCACGGCGAGCAACCCGCACAUGCUACACCCCUGGCCCUCUGCCUGAAAGGCCCUACAGCCCCAAGAGGGGGUGUUCUGGGCCUCCGGGUGGUGCUCCUACAAAGCCCCAUCGGAAAAUGGAUAACGCAGAGAGCAAACCUAAAAUGGGUUUUCACCACCUGGAUAAAGGACGUCCAGCUUCCUCCUCUCCCCAUAGUAAUAAUGAGAUUGGAUCACUGGAUCAGCUUUCCAAACCUGGUUUUGAUGACGAAUCCAUUUUCAAGAGAAGGUAUAUACGCUUCCGUCUCAUCUGUCCUAGCGGAGGAACUGAGUAUACUGUUGAAGAAGAGAGACGACCAGGAGAGUUCCAGAUCAGCACGCCUUCUGCUUUCAGCAAGCUCAACCUACAGAGAAGCUUCAGCCCGCUCGUCUUACCCCAGGGUUCUUGGUCGUCCAGAAAUGCAUCGCCCUGCCUUUCUAGCCGUUCUUCUCCUGCACUUGCUGCUUCUCGAAGUCCUUGUUCUGAAUGUCCACCUGAGCCAUUUUCAGAUGGAGCUAAAAUCCAGGUAGCCAACCUUGACUACAGAAUGUCCCGCAAGGAACUACAGCAGACUCUGCGUGACACCUUCUGCCGAUAUGGGCGGGUGAAAGGAGUGGACCUUAGUCCCCACACUGACUACCAGUUGAAGGCUACAAUCCACAUGCAGUCCUUACAGCAGGCUAUCAGUGCCGUGAGUGGACUGCACCGUUACAAAAUUGGAGGCAAGCGCAUCCAGGUGUCUCUGAUCACAGGUGGCCACAAUAGAUUCACGGCCAUGCUCAGCUCAGAGAUCAGCAGCAUUCUUCUGGAGGCACCUGCCAACUGCCUUCCUCUCUUCAAGUUCAUUGAGAUCUAUGAGAAGAAGUUUCACCGUAAGCUUUUGAUGAGCGAUGUCUACAAACUGUCAGAUAUAGUGGCUGUUCGGGAACAGGGGGGUACCAGACUGGUGUGCCUUCUGCCCAGCGGCCAAAUCCGUCAGAGUCCUCUGGGAUCCUCUCAGUCACAGGAGAGCUCCUCCACAGCAAGUGGAAGCCCUGUGGUUUUUGAGGAGCUGGAGUACCACGAACCCAUCUGUAGACAACACUACACACAGGAAAAAUUCAGUGAGGCAGACUUCGAUCCAGACUCGUACACAAUUCCAUUUGUGGUCAUGCCUCUAAGCAAAUUGGCAUCUGAAGUUCAUGCUUUGCUUCAGUCACAUGAAGGAACACUUCCCCUUCUAAGUUUUCCAGACUGCUAUGAAGAAAUGUUCACUCGGCUGGAGCUGGGCAAUGAGAAUCUGGAAUGUGGUGUUCCUUUAGAGCACCUCAUCACAUGUAUCCCGAGUAUAACCAUAGUCACAGCUCAGAAUGGUUUCAAAGUCAUCAAGUGGAUUCACAACAAACCACCAGGUCCAAACUCUGAGCCGUGGAUCCACCGAUGCAAAAGUCCUGUUGGCAACCCUCAACUCAUUCAGUUCAGCAGAGAGAUUAUUGAUCUCUUAAAGAGUCAACCAUCUUGCAUCAUGCCUAUCAGCAAAUUUAUACCCUCUUACCAUCAUCAUUUUGCCAAGCAGUGCCGCGUCUCUGAUUAUGGAUACACAAAGUUGUUGGAGCUCCUAGAAGCAGUGCCACAUGUCCUACAGAUUUUGGGUAUGGGUACAAAACGACUGCUCACCCUCACUCAUCGAGCCCAAGUGAAGCGUUUCACUCAAGACUUGUUAAAGCUUCUCAAAUUUCAAGCCAGCAAGCAAGUUGCUAUCAAGGACUUCAUGCAAGCAUACCACUGGUGCUUUUCCAGGGACUGGAAUGUAGCAGACUAUGGCACAUGCGAUAUCACUGACCUGCUGUCUGAGAUCCCCGAUACCACCAUUACAACCACACAUCACGACAAUGACACGGUCAUCUCUGUUCCCAAGAGAGAGCGCACUGGAGAUGAAAUGGAGCGCACUAAACAGUUUGGGAAGGAGGUGGUAGACCUCCUCCGUCACCAACCUUACUGCCGAAUGCCCUUCAGCAAGUUCAUCCCCACUUAUCACCACCACUUCGGACGUCAGUGUAAACUCAGCUACUAUGGCUUCACCAAGCUGAUUGAUCUCUUUGAGGCCAUUCCUGAAGUACUAAUGGUGUUGGAGUGUGGCGAGGAAAAGGUACUUGCACUAACAGAGGUGGAGCGCAUCAAAGCUCUCGCAGCACAACUAGUCAAGCUGCUCAGGGCUCAGAAAAACUCGAGCCUUCCUGUGAACCAACUGCUCACAGAAUACAGCAAGACCUUUGGUUAUGGAAUACGACUGCAGGACUACGACACCAGCUCUCUGCCCACAUUACUAAGUAAACUCCGCCAUGUUGUAAAGGUUGUGGAUGGCACGGAAGGCCGGGAUAUUCAGCUCAUCAACAGGAAGUCUCUGCGUUUGCUGACGUCACAACUUUUGGCGCUGCUUAUGUCUCAAGAGAAGCAUGUCGACAAGGGUAUGAGGGUGGACGUGUUGAGCCAGCAUUACCAGAUGGUCCACAAAAGCCCGCUCAACCCUUGUGAAUAUGGGUUCCUCUCCCUCAGUGAGCUACUCAAAAGCCUGCCCUAUCUUGUGGAGAUUUACUUUGAAGGAGGUGACGGGGGCUUUCAAGGCAACAAGGUCACAAGCUGUCCUGGUGAAGAGUGGGUGAGGCUGACGAGGCUGUACCAGUUUGCCCGAGACGUACGUGCACUGCUCCACACCUACCAUUACAACCAGAUCUUCUUGACGGAGUUCCAAGGAGCUUAUAAAAAAUUUACUGGCUGUGGCCUUGAGUCACGCUCCUAUGGGUACAACAGCACUGAUGAAUUGCUAAGUGCCAUUCCACAGGUGAUCUGGAUCAAAGGGCAUGGUCACAAAAGGAUUAUCGUUUUGAAGAACGAUAUGAAAGAAAGGACGAGUGCUUCACUCCCCAGCAGCCCUCAGUCAGAAGGUGACGUGGAGAGCCCCAGAGACAGCCCAGCGAGAAAUACACAUUUUGAAGCCCAGAGUCAAAGUGCAACUGUGGUACCAGACUCUGAGCUGCUGAGUCUGACGGCCCCAGUCGACCUUCUUUGUGGCCCAGUCCCAUCUUGCCUGCCGUCACCUCAGCUCCAUCCCGAUCCUGUCCUAAUACAGCAGGCAGAUCUGAUUCAUUUUGAGGAGAAAACCUUUUUAAUGCCUCAAGCAACAGAGAGCAAAGCAUUCAACAUGGUCGCUGCUGCCAAUGACAAAGAGCUCGCCGCACCUAAGGACUCAGAGUCCGUUUUCUCCAUGGACAGUCCGAGUAGAAGAGGCCUCCGCAGUAGAAUCAAGCUGGCUGCCAACUUUUCAUUCAAACCAGGUCUCUGA